AUGCAUGAAAGAUGUCCUGGACCUCAAAAUUAUGACCUUCUGACCUCACUUAAGCUUGGGAAAACUCAGAAUGUCUUUAAACGGUACAAGACAACUGGUACGGUCCCCAACACAGAAGAUGACGAAAAUGACGACGCCGAAUUUGUCAAAAGCCACGAAAUCGAUGCAUCACCUUGUCGCGAUGGCCUUCAUGACCCCGAGUUUAACGACCGAAUCGACUACCUCCGCAAGACGUUUCUAAAUCCCAUCAGGUUUCCCGCCUUGUACAAAUCCGCCAAUAUUUUUCCUCCGAAAGGAAUGUAUUUCUUCGGCACUGGAAUAAAUGAACGGGCCCUGGAAACCAUUAAAGAAUUCUCGACCGACCUUAGCGAAGAAUUGGGGGUCGAACGGGUCCCAAUUUUUAGAACUACGCAUGUCGACGCGUACAGGAAUUGUGAGGGGGCCGAGACUUCCUUCGUGGAUAAGGUGUUCGAAGCAGCGGUAAAGUUCACACCGUCGAUAAUCUUUUUCCCAGAGUUGGACAAGUUUGGGACACCGCAUAGCACUCGACGUGACGAAAUCGUGGCGAAAAUUUGCUAUUACAUGGACGCCCUCGUCGCUGGGGAAGUCUUCGUCUUCGCCACCGUGGACGCCACGCCGCCCGCCCCCUUCAAUCGGCUGAACGGUCCCCCCCGCUUCUCAACAGGGUACCACGUCGCGACAGCCGUUCUAACUUCAGGGGUUCUUGCCUUUCUCAAGACGGAAACGGAAAAAUGGAAAAUUUCCGAAGAAAAUAAUUCCCGGGAUGAAAUUUUAGCCAAAGUUUCCGAAAUCCUGUCCAGUUACCCCGAUCCCAUAAAACAUUUCGACUUAACUACACUUUGUCAGGAAAUGUAUCACACGAUAAUGCAAGAAGCGCUAAAUAGUGCGGGGAAACAUGCCUGUGGAGGAGGAUCUAAGUUUAAAAAAAAUGGCGGGUUGGCGGGACAAAUUCAAAUUUUGCGGGGGAAUAUAAUCACCCCGCUAAGGAAUAGGGACAAGUUGAGACAACUCGGGUGGCAGGUGGAGCCUGUGCGGGGGAUUAUUUUUCAUGGUCCCGCAGGAACGGGGAAAACGUUGCUGGGGAAAACUUUAGCGGCGGAGUUGAGUCGGCUAGAUGACGGGAAAGGGAAGUUUGCCUUCUUUUAUCAUAAGGGGACGGAGUGUUAUUCGAAAUACGUGGGGGAAACGGAGGCCAAGUUGAGAGCGAUUUUUGCCAAUGCAGAGGCGAAAAAGCCGGCGAUAAUUUUUAUGGAUGAGAUCGAUGGGAUUUGUAGGGUGCGGGAUGAAAGCGCAUCCAAAUUCUACACCGGCGUAGUGACCACGAUCCUCGGUCUGAUGGAUAACCUUCCCCGCGGGGAAGUUUUCGUCAUCGCGGCGACAAAUCGUCUUACAAGUCUCGACCCCGCCCUCCGCCGUCCCGGCCGAUUCGACAAAUGUGUAGAAUUCCAAGCACCUAAAUUUGCCGGGCGAAAAGCAAUCUUGCAAAUUCACACGGCCACGUGGGACGCAAAAUCCAAAAUGGAGGACAAUUUUGCAGAUGAAAUUGCCCAAAUGACGGGCGGAUACACGGGCGCCGAUUUGGAACAAGUUUGCCGCCAAGCGUUCACCUUAGCGAUGAGGAGGCAUUCUCAAAAUGCCCCAGAGGAGAAUGUCCCGCCAGUUGAUUUUGAUGGUUUAAUCGUGCAAAAGCAGGAUUGGUACGGAUCGCUGAAAUCGGUCCGGCCAAACGGGACGAAUUAUUUUGGAAAUGCGGUCAUUACCGACAAACCGAUUCUCGCGGGGGCCGCAGCCGCGCUGAAGGGAAAAGUGGACGAAAUUACGAAACGGUUAGCGUAUUUUCUUAACAAGUCAGAGCAGAGCGGGAGUUUGGAUAUGGAUUCAAAAUCUGGCGGGGUGCUGAAUAGUUUCCUAAUUUGGGGGAGUGAUGCGAAACAGCUUAAAGUAAUCGAGCAUCUGUUAAUUCCCGCCCUCCUUUCUUCGUCCGAAUUUAGUUCCGUGGUCGCCGCCAAGUUCGAAAUUCCUCCCCUCGGAGUAGGCACGGAGGUCGUAGAACGCCGAAUUUCUGCCACGUUUGCUCAAGUCCUUAACCCGGGUGAGGACAAGCUCGGAGUUUUGUACGUUCCCGGGAUCGAUCACUUGUUAAAUACAAGAAUUGGCAAGUUUUCGGAAAUGAAGGAACACGACCAGAUUUUGGACAGUUUUGAAAUCCUGCGAGGAGAAAAAGUCCUCCUGCUCGGGACAGCUACCGGUUCGCCGGACCAGAUGAGUGACAGGGUCCAGGGCCUGUUUAGAGGCCUGUAGAACACUCGACUUUACGAAUUCACAGCUCCAAAUGCGACCGAGAUACGACUCGUAUUUUCUCAGAUUUCUGCAAAAAUUCCGACAACGCCGUUUGAAAAAAUUAUGACAAAAUUAGGCUGCUCUACGGAAGGAGGAAACAAGUUUAAGGCUAGAAAAAAUUUGACUUUAUACGAUUUGCUUGAUUUUGAGGGGGAAAUUACCCAAAUUAGUGCCCAAUUUGAUCUCAAAUCAGAUCAAGAGGAGAAAAGUGAAGAAUUCUAUGUCGCCCUUAACAAUGCGACGAACGCCUUUUGUUCAUAUUUAGAUGGGCGAGAAAAAUACAAAUCUGCUCUUUCCACCAUGUACACUUAGAUAUCUUCUUAUCUUCGUAAAAUUAUUUGAUAAUAAUUAUUUAUUAACAUUAAUGUCUUACUAUUUAAUGAUUUCUCAAUUCCGAACUAAUCCUUUUCAGAUUAAUUUCAAUCGCUAUUCAAUACAUUCUUACAAAUAAUAAAUGUAAAUAAUGAGUGAAUAUGUUUUUUCAAAAUUUUUGGACGACUGAAUAUGUAUUCUCUUCAUAACUCUUCAUACAGAUAUUCGUGAAGGAUGAAUUAAUAAUUGUAUUCAUUAAUUAUUCUGCGUGUUAUGCUUAAAUCGAGUAAAUAAGGUGAACUUGAAAUAAAUUGAAGA